AUGGAAAUCAAAGAGGAAGGAGCAUCAGAAGAAGGCCAGAACUUUCUGCCUACACCCCAGGCAAAUGACACCGGGGACUUUCAGUUCACAAGUAUUCAGAAGACUCCAAAUGAACCACAGUUGGAAUUCAUCCUUGCAUGCAAGGAUCUCUUGGCUCCUGUCCGUGAUCGGAAGCUGAAUACUCUGGUCCAGAUCUCAGUAAUCCACCCCGCGGAGCAGGGGCUGACAAGAUACUCCAGCACCGAAAUUGUUGAGGGAACAAGAGACCCACUGUUCUUGACUGGUGUCACAUUCCCAUCUGAGUAUCCCAUCUAUGAGGAGACCAAAAUAAAGCUAACAGUCUAUGAUGUCAAGGAUAAGUCUCAUGACACUGUUCGAACCAGUGUUGUGCCUGAACAUAAGGAUCCCCCACCAGAGGUUGGGCGAAGUUUCCUGGGCUAUGCCAGUUUUAAAGUCGGGGAGCUACUGAAGUCCAAGGAGCAAGUGCUGGCUCUGAGCCUGAGAACCUCAGAUGGUGGCAAAGUUGUCGGCACCAUAGAAGUCAGUGUCGUGAAGAUGGGGGAGAUUGAGGAUGGGGAAGCUGACAACAUCACGACAGAUGUGCAGGGACAAAAGUGUGCACUGGUUUGUGAAUGUUCAGCCCCAGGAAGUGUGAGCAGAAAAGAUAACCUACCUUUUUUGAAUGCAGUGUUAAAGAACCCAGUGUGUAAAUUAUACAGAUUUCCCACUUCUGACAAUAAGUGGAUGCAAAUCCGGGAGCAGAUGUCAGAGAGCAUACUUUCUUUUCAUAUUCCUAAGGAAUUGAUCUCUCUUCAAAUCAAAGAAGAUUUGUGUAGAAACCAGGAGCUAAAAGAACUUGGUGAGCUUUCUCCACACUGGGACAAUCUACGAAAAAACGUCCUUACUCACUGUGAUCAAAUGCUGAAUAUGUACCAAGACAUUCUGACAGAACUCAGCAAGGAAACAGGGUCCUCUUUCAAAUCAAGCAGCAGCAAAGGAGAAAAAACAUUAGAAUUUGUCCCAAUAAAUCUGCAUCUGCAAAGAAUGCACGUGCACAGCCCUCGCUUGAAAGAUGCUCUCUACGACGUCAUCACCGUGGGAGCCCCAGCUGCCCAUUUUCAGGGAUUUAAGAAUGGUGGUCUUCGGAAACUCCUACAUAGAUUCGAAGCGGAAAGAAGAAAUACUGGAUACCAGUUUAUUUACUAUUCACCUGAAAACACAGCCAAAGCAAAAGAAGUUCUCAGCAACAUCAAUCAACUACAACCUCUGAUAGCAACCCAUGCAGACCUACUGCUUAAUUCUGCAAGCCAGCAUUCUCCAGACAGCUUGAAGAAUUCUUUAAAGAUGCUUUCAGAAAAAACAGAGCUUUUUGUACAUGCCUUCAAGGAUCAGCUGGUCAGAAGUGCCCUUUUAGCACUUUACACCGCCAGGCCAGGAGGUGUCCUGACGAAACCACCCUCUCCUAAGAGUGGCGCAGAGGAGAGCAGUUCCCAGGACCCACCCCUGCCGAUGAGACGGCAGGACUCCAUUCCACACCAUUCAGACUAUGAUGAGGAGGAGUGGGACAGGGUGUGGGCCAGUGUGGGGAAGAGCCUGAACUGCAUUAUUGCCAUGGUGGAUAAACUGAUCGAAAGAGAGAGCGGUGGCGAGGGAGGCAGUGACAGCAGCAAAGAUGUAGAAAAGGACUCUUCUCCGGUGGACUCCAUCGUAACUCAUCCAAAGGAGGACUGGUAUGAGCAGCUGUACCCCCUCAUCCUCAGCCUGAAGGACGGCAUGGGAGAAGUGGUGAACCGAGCUAAGCGGUCCCUGACGUUCGUGCUCCUCCAGGAGCUCGCCUACAGCCUGCCCCAGUGUUUGAUGCUGACGUUGAGAAGAGACAUCGUCUUCAGCCAAGCGCUUACUGGAUUGGUUUGUGGUUUUAUCAUCAAAUUGCACACAAGUCUGUAUGACCCUGGCUUCCUUGAGCAGCUUCACACAGUGGGAUUGAUAGUACAAUAUGAAGGACUGCUGAGUACAUAUAGUGAGGAAAUUGGAAUGCUCGAGGACAUGGCCGUUGGUAUUUCGGAUUUGAAAAAAGUCGCAUUUAAAAUAAUCGAAGCCACAUCCAAUGAUGUCUUGCCAGUUAUAACAGGAAGGCGUGAACAUUAUGUUGUGGAGGUGAAGGUUCCAGCGAGAAUGUUUGAGUCGCUGCCUCUGCAGAUUAAAGAAGGACAAUUGCUUCAUGUGUAUCCAGUACUUUUUAACGUUGGAAUUAAUGAACAGCAAACUCUUGCGGAGAGGUUUGGAGAUGUCUCUUUGCAAGAAAGUAUUAAUCAGGAAAAUUUUGAACUCCUUAAAGAGUAUUGCACAAUAUUUAUGGAAAAGAUGCCUCCUGAUUACAUUUCACAUUUUCAAGAACAAAAUGAUUUAAAAGGAUUACUAGAAAAUCUCCAUCAAAAUAUCCAAGCCAAAAAGAGAAAGAAUGUAGAAAUCAUGUGGCUGGCUGCAACGAUUUGUCGCAAACUAAAUGGCAUUCGUUUCACCUGUUGUAAAAGUGCCAAAGACAGGACGUCGAUGUCUGUGACGCUUGAACAGUGCUCAAUCCUGAGAGAUGAGCAUCAGUUACACAAGGACUUCUUUAUCCGAGCACUGGAUUGUAUGAGAAGCAGACAAACCCAGGGAGCACUGAAUGAAUCUGACGAUCCUGAAACAGGCUGUCUAACUGAUAACAAGCCAACUUCUCGACACUUCUAUCCUGUCGCCUUGCUGCUUGUCAGCUCACACCUGCUAGUUGUGUGGCUUAUUUUAAGUCUUGCAUUACUUUUAGCCAAAUACCAAUAA